AUGCAGCCAUUAUGUUCCUGAGAGGUCCGUGAUGUCUUGAAAUGUGAUGUAGCUAGCUACCUGUUCUGCUGUGAUCUUUAAUUUUUUUAAGGAACGGCAGCUAGGAAUAAAAAUGGAGGAGCUGGUCCUAGCUGGCCUCAAACCAGGGGAGGAAUUGGAGGAAGGUAGAAGCAGCCAUGAUGUUGUCCAAGUGGAGACCAUCAAGAAGUCAGUCGCAAAAACAGCUCCAAAGACUGUGAAGCAGGAACUAACUGAGGGGCUGGAACAAGGCUGGGAAGCUCCGUGGUCGGAAUUCCUGAAAGUGCCUCAUUCAAGAUGGAAGAAUGUAUUGUCCCAAUCAGGACAAGAUAUUAAAUAUUUCCAGGCCUCGUUGAAAGGAGCACCUGAAGUAAGUCAUAUGCCAAGAAGGGAGUAUGCAACUCAGACCAUGACAGGCCUUGGUGACAAAACUCCAGAGGCCUAUGAAGGCCUGGACUUCUCUGUGAAAGUGAAGGAAGAAAUUCCUGAUGAAGAGGACACCGUCAGCUUAGAGAUGCGACGCCGACGCUUCAGGCGUUUCUGCUAUGAGGAGGCUGAGGGGCCUCGGGAAGUCUUCAGUCAACUCUGGGAGCUUUGUCAUCAGUGGCUGAAGCCCGAGACACACACCAAGGAGCGAAUCCUGGAGUUGUUGAUCCUGGAGCAGUUCCUGACCAUCUUGCCUCAGCAAAUGCAGAGCUGGGUCACAGAACGAAGACCGGAGACCUGUUCUGAGGCAGUGGCCUUGGCAGAGGAGUUUUUAACAAAACAUCCAGAGGCUGAGAAGCUCUGGCUAAGUCGUCCCAAGAGGCGGAGAGAGAACGACGGCUGCAGGCCCGGUUGGAAUGUACCAGGACCCUUGGAAGGUGCAGCAGUUAGCCCCUCCAUGUCAGAACAGAUAACAUCGGAUUCCGCAAAGAUGCCAUUUGCCAGAGAUGCCGAACAAGGGGGUGAUAGAGAGACCAGUUUGCUGGGCGAUGAUCAAACGAUGACAAAAGAGAAGAACACUCAGCUGGAAAGACUUGAGCAAGUGGAGGUCCUGGAGUCAUCUCCGGAAAAACCCAGAAGGAAGACUGUCCCAUUUCGAAAAGAAGAUGAGGAGUGUGGAAAUGAGCUGGAAUUAGAAGUACAGCAGGAAGAUCAUCCAGGGAAAGGAGUGGGGAAGGUCGUUCUGUGUAAAGAAGGUGGUAAAACCUUUUAUGCAAAUAGCGAGGCGAUGCUUCAGUGUCAGAGCAAAAAGACCUGCACAGAAUGUGGAAAUCUCUGUGAGGUUUUCGAUCUCCCUACGAAUCAAGAAACUCGGACAGGAGAAGAAUUUUACAUUUGUGAGCAGUGUGGGAAAACCUUCAAAAAUGGAGUGUUCCUUGAUCCACAAAAGGGAGCUCUUACGAAAAAGGAUAGGCCGUACCAGUGCACGGACUGUGGCAAAAGUUUUGGUACAAAGGCAUCUCUUUUGAAGCAUCAGGGCACCCACACAGGUGGGAAACCAUAUGUGUGCUCUGAGUGUGGGAAAUGCUUCACAACCAGCUCCAAUCUUAUAUAUCACAACAUAGUUCACACAGGGGAGAAGCCGCAUAAGUGCUCCGAGUGUGGCAAAAGUUUCCACUGGAAGUCAUCCCUUAUCACACAUGAGAGGACCCACACAGGAGAGAAGCCGUACAAGUGCCCUGACUGCGGGAAGAGCUUCGGCAACAGCUCCCAGCUUCUGAGACAUAAAAGGGUCCACACGGGUGAGAAACCUUAUCACUGCUCAGAAUGCGGCAGGAGCUUCAAUCAGAUUGCCUCACUCAUUGCUCACAAAAGGAUCCAUACGGGAGAGAAGCCCUACGAAUGCUCUGACUGCGGGAAGGGGUUUGGUACCAGGACCAAUCUGAUGAUGCACAAGAGGGUACACACAGGAGAGAAACCAUAUAAGUGCUCCUACUGCGGACAGAGCUUUAGUCAGCGGACCCAUCUCAUCAUCCACGAGAGGACCCACACGGGAGAGAAGCCCUACACAUGCUCUGACUGUGGGAAAAGUUUCAAUGCAAAAGCUCCCCUUAUCACCCAUAAGAGGACCCAUACGGGAGAGAACCUGUAUCAAUGCACCCAGUGUGGGAAGAGCUUCAGCACAAGCUCUAACCUUCUCAACCACAAUAUAAUCCACACAGGAGAGAAGCCGCACAAGUGCUCCGAUUGUGGCAAGUGUUUCAAUCGGAAGUCAUCCCUCAUUACCCACAAGAGGACACAUACGGGCGAGAAGCCAUACGCUUGCUUCGAGUGUGGGAAGCGCUUCAUUUCUAGUUCGGACCUUACAAAACAUAAGAAGGUACAUAGAGGAAAACAUUCAGUUCGUUCUGAAAACCUCAUGUAUAACUCUGCAGUUGAGGAGCAACAAACAAUACACCCAGGAGGACAGCCCUAUUAGAGCCAAGCAAUGGCUGAAGACCUGUUUCCUUCAAUGCAAGCCUGUCCCAAAGCAUAUGUGGGAGCUGUGAGUGGUGGUGGUCUGAUUUAAAAGACAGCUUAUUUUCCUGCAAUCUUUUCCAUCGUUUUUCUUCAGCCAGGUUGAAGCAAGUCCAGCUGGUAGAAAAUGUCAGGGGAGUGCUGAGACAGACUGUCGGGAGCUGCCAGUAGGGGGUGCUGAACAUUGCUGGGAGCAAAGAGCCCUGGGUGAUUGAACUGCGAAACACUAGAUCACAGUCCAGUAGGGAGAAAGCAUUUGAGUGGCGGAUUCCCUGAGAUGGUCGAUGGAGAGAGAGAUCCCUGGUGGGUUGGAAGGAUUUCAUACCCCUUGCCUUUGCCCAUCUCAGCCCCCAGUUUAUACACAUUUAAGGUAGACCCACAUUUAAAAAUACAUAUUUGCUGCAAUUGUAUUGACUUUGGACUUCAUUCAGGAAUUAAUGACUCUGUUGAGAAUAUAGGAAGAGCCACGCUGGAUCAGACUGAAGGCCCAUCAAGCUGAGCAUUUCGUUCACAAAGUGGCCAGCUGGCUGCCUCUAGGAAGCCCACAAGCAGAUGACUUCUCUUAUCUGUGCUCCCAACUGCAUCUGGUACUGGAGGGAGUAGAAUCCAUCAUGACUAGUAGCUAUUGAUAUCCCCAUCCUCCAUGAAUGCAUCCACUCCCCUUUUAAAGCCUUCCAAGUCACAUCCAUUACCUUAGCCUGUGGCAGUGAGUUCCCCAGUAUUAACUAUGUGCUGUGUAAAGAAGUAUUUCUUUUUAUUUGUCCUGGAUCUCCCAGUUCGCUUCAUACACAUCAGGAAAGUCACAGGAUUGAACCUUAAGGAUGUCCAGAAGUAUUGGAAACGUGCCUGUAGAAAAAUGUCGGCCUCUUGUUUUCCAGCUGUGUUUUGGAAAACCUGGAUGGGGGUGUUUUUAUUUUUAAUAGCUCAUUGGGGAUUCCUUUGUGAUGAGAUCAGUAAUAGAAGAUAAAUCCCACCCCCACCCCAAAAGACUCCGAAUUCUUCUACAAAAGUAGCAUUUAGGCUGUCUGUGUUCAGAGAACCCUGCCUUUGUGAACAAGUGUGAUGAACCCUUGCCAGCUGCAAAGGAUUCUAGGGCAUGUUCUACAUCACAAGGAGUAUAUAAAAAUGUGUUCUGUUUUGGGGGUUGCAAUUAAAAAAAAUAAAACACAUACACACACUGUCUGUUGGCAAGCUUUCUGCAUGUACUCUGAAUGACAAUGAACCAACAAUUCAAAGAAUGACACCAAUCAUGGUAGCCGAAGAAACUUUCCAGGAAGUUUAUCCCCCAUUAAUGACCUUAUCAUUGAUAUGAUUUUGAGAAACUGCAGGCUUCCCAAAAACACAGAUUUCACACAGACUAUGAGGCCCAACAGAGUUUAAAUAAAAGACCUAGAAAAAUUCUCACAAUUUUUGGCAAUGCAAAAAAUGUACCCAGAACCUAUUUUGAUUAUUUGUUAGUGGUACUGUUCUGAAGUUCCUUAGUGGUUAGUCUCCGGCAAAAAGUGUUCCAUGAAAGUAUAGUUAGACUGUGGCUUAAACAAUGGGAUUAGCUUUAGCUUAAAUACAAAACUGCAUGAAUCUUGGAAAAUUGGCCAGGUGUCAUAUCUUACCUUAUAAGGGACAAACACCAGGGAAUAUUCUUGAUUGGAGAAAUGUAUAUGUGUAAGUCACCAGAGAGUCAGGCACAAAUUUCACUUGGCAUUUAUAUAGUUUAACAACAUGCUUCAAAAAGAUCGUUUGUUGUCAGGUCCAGACACCUGGAAAUUUGAAGUCAAUGCUGAAAGACUUGGAAAUGUUUGUUCAGGACUCUUAAUUUCUGAAAGAAAGAAAAAACUUUGCUUCAGAUUCUUGUGCUUUGACACCAGUGUCUUUGUAGCAUUGUAGAUUACUGGUAUGUAGGCAUGGGGGGAAGGGGGAAGAGGAAGUGGAUUAGGGGAGGGGGAUUUUUAGUGUUAGCCGUGUUUUUAAUAUAACUUUUGUACACGCAUUUGCAUUAAAUAGAAGCUGCCUCCCCUGAUUUGGUGAAUUGGAUUGGGCUAGAAUGGGCACGUAUGUGUCUGAAUUCUGUUCUAAGCGAAAUCAUUUGUUUUUCCUUGCAAAACGUGAACAUUUUCAUUGCAUUAUGUUCCAUGGAGUGUCUCUCUUUUGAAUAGUGGGGGUGCUAUUGGCUGGUUCCUGUGACAGCUGUGUCUGCUUUUGCACAUUUAGAAUAUAUAUAUAUACCAUGGUGCCCCAACUUUUCUUUUUCGGGCCCCUUGUUACUUCUGCCUUUCCUGAUUGCUCAUUCAUAUGUUACCCUUUACUGUGUCUCUUGUAUCAAUAGGAUAAAAAAGAAAUGAUGCAAGUUUUGUGGCAUGCCUAUUAAAUCACAAGAUGUGUCUCUGUCA